CGGAAGUACUGCUUGCGGAAGUGUAAAAACCCAGGAAAAGCCAAUAAAAGGCUAAACAAGCAGGACUGUUGGGAGACAUGCCAGCCUUAAGCUGUAACAAAAUCGCGUUUUGAGUGAGUUUUUUGAGCGUCGAGUCUUUUACCUACAGCUGCACGUCUCGUGUGCUAACGUAGGGUCGCUGGGUAUUACUUUACGAGGCAGAGAAGUAGUCUGCUAAAAGUUUUGAGCUAGCUAGCCAACAGUCCCAGCAGCGAACAGUUGUCGCAGCCGAUGCUCCUAGCACCGUGGCAAAGAAGCUUAAGGACUGAGCCUUGGAUAAGAGGAACACAUUAGACAACAGAGGUUUAAUGAAACAUGGCAGGUGCUCAAAAUCGAACUCGUGGUCGCACCAGUUCAAAGAAAUAUCGGCCUCGAGUGAACAUUGGAUUGGCGUUUGGAAGGUGGCGUGCAAUGAAAACAGCAAAGGGAUUGAAAUCUGAUGAAGAAGUUGCCCAGCGUCUUCUGGAUGCAAUGAAGAGGCUGCCCUCCAGUUCAGAUUCCUUUGGAGCCAGUGAUAAAAAGAUUAAAUUCUCUCAGUCUGAGGUGCAGACUCUGAUCGAACAGGAGGUUCGCAGCGUGUUGAAAAACAAUGAAACCAGGCUGCAGGGUUUAUAUGAAACCAUUCAGCAUCUGGAAUGUCAAGUGGACUACGAAAGCUCCAUCAAAAAACUGGAGGCUCGAGUGAACACUGUAUCCGAGAGAGCAGAAGCAGCUCUUGCCUACAUGGCAAAGACAAAGAAAAAGAGCCCGCUGCCAUCGCUUGUUAAUGUGGAGAUCUUGAGGUCAGAGUCUGAGGAUGAAGGCAAGGAAACCCGAGUGUCACAGAAGAAAAUGAGCAUGAAAUGUAUGGACUCCAGGAGUGGAGAGCUCAGUAAUUUGAUGGAAACCAAACAAUUGGAGGUAGACAAGAUGCAAGCCGAGAAGAAAGCUUUGACGGCUGCCGUAGAAGAUUUAAAUGAGGAGCGGUCUCCUCCUCCUUAUGGCUCUCCUGAUUGUAAGGGACUCAACUUAAAGAAAGAGCCAGACAAUAUUGAGGUCUCCAUGCAGUCGGAGGAGCCGAAGGUGAACGCAGAAUGCUCCUCUGCAGGCCAUAGUAACUAUCCUGAGUGCGCAGACUUAGAUCAGGACAAGCCCUUGUAUCCUCCCCUUCCAGCCACCACCUUCCCCUCUGUCUAUAGCAUAGAAGUGGCUUCGUACACCAUCCCCCAGAGACCUGAAGUCCGUCUGGCGCUCAUCAGGAACCCCCCCAGCCUUUCUGUGCUUUGGAACGUCUCGCACAAAGAACCAUCUGCACCUCCGAUGGAUAGUUACAGCCUCUACAUAACCAUGGAAAAGGUCAAAGGUAGUGGCAUAUUCCCAAAGUGGAUUGCUGUUGGUGAAGUGAAGGCCAUAGAUCUUCCAAUGUGUGUGAUGAUCAGCAAGUACAAGCCCGGGCGCAAGGUGUGUGUCAGCGUGGUGGGCAAAGACAUUUUUGGCCGAUAUGGACCCUACAGUGAAGUUGUAACGGCAGACAUACCUGACACACUCUAGCUGGGAGGAGGCUCUGGCCUCGAAGGAGAGGCGACAAAUGUGGGAUUCUCUUGAUACAUGAUUUUUUGUAUUUUGUAAAAAGAAAUAGACAGGAAUGGAUUGUGAACUUUACUGUUACAACAGUGCCCUCGUGGUUAUGGUUUCAAUGGAAGCAGCGCAUAAAUGCAUGUUUAAGGCACUUCUUUCUCUGUCCAAAUCUUUAUAUUGUGUGUUUAUCCUGCUGAGAGGAAACACACACCUGGAGUCCAGCUUUAAUGUGACUUUGUUAAUGUUGGUGUUUAUUUCAAUAUGAUGUGUUUAAGCCAUUAAUUAGCUGUCAUUUCAUUUUGGAAAAAAAAGGAUGUGGAUGGUAUUUUUUUUUUAUUGAGCCAAUAAACUUCACAAUGUUUCAAUGUU